AUGGAAGCUCGUUGUUUAAAAAGAAUAAAAGCUGGAAGCUCUGAUUUUGAUGAAAGUGUUCUAGUAGAAAUUCUCUCAAAACUGCCUCUCAAGUCUAUAUAUAGAUUUAGGUGUGUCUCAACAGAGUGGAAUGCUCUCACUAGAACUUCUUAUUUCCUGGACAGACAUCGUCUUCACAGCUCUCGCCGCCUUCUCCUCAUCUCCUCCUCUUCUCCUGCUGAUAAGAAAUCAGCUGGAGUCUCAUUACUUGCCGACGAAGAAGCAGCACUUUCAAGUUUGAACAUACCUUUUCUCCCCAGCGAUGCAAGAUGGGAUAUAGGAGUUGUGGGAUCUAGUAAUGGGUUAGUUUGCUGCAAUAAGAUUCUUGAUGGAAAUGUAUUGGCCACAAUAGUAUGGAACCCUGCAACACACCAAUUUGAUUAUAAUCCUCUUUCUCCUUUGGUGGAGGAACCUGAGAAUGCUACUGACUAUCCUCUGAUCGGUUUUGAUUUCAUGCAUAGCAGUAGUGUGUACAAAUUGGUGGCAGUUGAUCUGUAUGGUAGUGAUGAUCCGGAUGAUCCCCUAAAAGUUUGUUUUAAAGCCGAAGUCUUCACCCAGGAUACACCUUCUUGGAGAGUAGUUGAGUCGACACUUGGACUUGGAUCAUGUAAAAUGUGUUAUACUACUGUGUCGAUUACCUUGAAUGGAGUGCUGUAUUGGUUGGUAGAGCACACAUCCAAUGGAUUUGCUGUCGUUUCGUUUCGUUUACAUGAUGAGGUCUUCGAGGAUACAUGUAAAGCACUACCGGAAGAAAUACGCAAUGUCAGUGACAAUAGGAUGCUCCCACUUUUAUUUUCAUGGAGAAACUCACUAGCAGUUGUAGGUUUCGAUCAGAGUGACAACUUAGUGCUUUGGGUGGAUGGCACUGCUGAUCAAGAAUGUGAUUGGAUUGAACAAAUGAGAUUCAAAUGGCCGUCGCUAUGUGAAGGAAGGUGGCUGCUCUUGAGAGGAGUUUGGAAGGAUCAAUUUGUUUUCAGAAAAAACGGAUAUGAAUAUGGUGAUCACGAUAAUGAACCAGACAAUCUGUUCUUGUUUGACCCUAUAACUGAGACAUUGAGGAAGUUGCAUGCAGAAACAGACACUUGCUUUAAAUAUGCAGUAGGUUAUGCAGAAAGUAAUGUCCAGCUUUAA